AGAGCAAACCCCGACCCAUGUGUCCUGGAUUUGACUAGGUUUGGGUUUGUUUUUAGAUAGGGUUCUUGCGGCGACUGUUCUCAGGGAUCUUUGGGGGUCAGAAAAGCAUAUAAGGCCACUUCCCAGCCUAUAUUCCGUUCUUAUCUACAGGAGUGCUACGCCAGUACGGAACUGUGAACGAUCAAGACAACAGCAACCCUAAUUAAUCUCCUUUCUCUCUCCGUUCUUUCUUCUUGAUUGGACCUCUCCGAACCCCCUGACUGCAGCUCCCUACCUACGUUUCCCCAUCUGCCCCCCGCCCCGAACAGGCCACAAGGGCAAAAAAAGGAAAACAUGUCACUACCACCAGUACCGAAUGGUGCCCUCCUCCACUCCACCGGGGGAGUGCUCCCCGAGAAGAAACGAGUGGAUGUUAACAAAAAGGAUAGGCGGCACAGAACACCCCUUUCCCUAACUGCCGAAUCCGGGAAAGUGGAUGCAAUUAGAGCGCUCCUUGAGAGUGAGCAGGUCGAUGUUAAUACAAAGGACAUGGAGCUUAGAACACCGCUCAUAAUAGCAACUGAAGAGGGAAAUCUCGGCGCUGUAAGAGCGCUCUUGGAGAGCAGUCAAGUGGAUGUUAACACAAAGGACAUUUGGGGUAGAAAUCCUCUCUGGAUAGCGGCGCGGAAAGGAUACACGGAGAUUGUCAAAGCGCUGCUUGGCCGAAAAGACAUUAAUCCAAAUUUUCAAUUCCGAGACAGGGACAUGACGCUACAAGGGACACCCCUAGGUAUAGCUUGUUACCACGGCAAUAUAUCUGCUGUGCAAGAAUUAAUAGCAGAUGAAAGAGUCGACAUCAAUGCCCGCGAUCCUGCCGGACUCACACCUGUCCAUUUGUCGGCCGCAAACUCCCGCAGAGAUAUCCUUCGCCUGCUACUCACUCGCCCAUCUAUCGACGCCCUCACUCCGUGCCGGAGCGGCAAUACCCCACUCCAUACAGCUGCCGAGAUCGGAGAUCUAGACAUCUUCAUGCAACUCCUCUGCUUCCCAGGAAUUACAAACCCAGAUAUCCCAGCAGCAGAUAGUUGGACUCCCCUUGGCCUAGCGAUACGACACGCCCGAGUAGGCAUUAUAAGAGCGUUGGUCAAAGACGGAAGAGUGGAUAUUAAUGGAAUUUCGGGAGCAGGACACACGCCGCUUCUCCUUGCGGCCAAGUUGUCCUUAUUUAAGGUUGUCAAGGAAUUACUUCAGGUUGAGGGUGUGGAUGUAUAUAAGCAGGAAGCAGAGGGUGAGAUGUCGUUUGCGGAGUUCGUAGAGAAGGGGAAUAGCCAGAGAAUGAAGAAACUGCUGAGGGAGAAGGCUGAGAGCGGGCGGCAUUGAAUUUGGGCGUGUGGGAGGUGGUCACCUACCGGGUGGAGCAGCAUAGCCCUAUAAUAAUUCGGCUCUUUAGGAAUCUGUACCAGUUGUAAAGUUAUCCACGCUAAGCGCGAAUUGCCAAGAACCUAGCUAUGAGAAACUGUAGAUGCCCCUAGAAAC